AUCACCUGCCCAUACAGCAAUGUACUAGAGUCUCGGCCCCACAGAUUCCCGCCAUGUACGCGGUCAUCACGAUAGACAGAGAAAGAUAUUGGGGUAUUGUCAGCCUGCCCGGCCACCCAUUGGUUGGCGAGAUCGGCUACGAACUUUCCAUCAUCAGCCGAGAACGUCUGGACUUGUCCGGAGGACGCCGCUUUCCGAUGAUUCGGACUCCCUCCUCAUCGACGGGAUGCCAAAUCCCGCCAUCACUUACGCCCGUCAGACCUCCUCCCCCCCAAGGACUUACCUGCCGGUGCCACUGCAGAGAACUAUUGACCACGUGCAUUCGCCAAAACACUGAGGGGAGUCUGGAUUAG